GCUAACACACCGGGGACAGAUCUGCACUUUACAGUAACUUUUAUCUGCUGCAGCGCCACCAACUUCUGCUACAAAUCGCACAACUUUGUUUCUGCGGCAGUUUGCACAAAUCCUGCGUUUAGUCGCCCACAUCUGCAACCACUUCUUAUCCACUUGGCUAAAAUGAUGGGGUACCUGCUGCCCUGGAUGGCGGCGUUGCUCUGUGCCAGGAAUGCCCUGGGCAUGGGCACCGCUUUGGAGGAAGAACUGGUGGCUCCUGUCAGACUGGAUCCCGGUACCACCCAAGGGGAAUCUGGGAAUGGGAAGGUCCGGUACCACCUGAAUGUGUUUGGGGAGAGUCUGACACUGGACCUGGAGCCGGACCGCACUUUUCUUGCCCCGGACUUCAGCCUGCAGUACGUGGGUUCCCCUGCGGAGCGCAAUGGAGGAGCCGAACCGCUGGCUGAGCUGGCCAAGUGCUUCUACUCCGGCUCCGUCAACGGGGACUCGACCUCCAGUGCGGCGCUCAGCCUGUGCUCCGGGCUCCGGGGAGCCUUCUUCUACCGAGGGGAAGAGUAUUUGAUCCAACCCAGUAACCACACACUGACAGUGGCCGACCCCGACUCCCCCGACCCACUGGUGCUCCAUCUGGUCCGCAGGCGCAGCCGUGCCAAGGCAAAGUGUGGGGUCACCGACUCUGUGGGGCAACCUGUCAAAUCAGAGGAUGCCCCCUCCCAGAGGACCAUGCCACCUACAGGAUCCGGCAGCUCAAGGAGGAAGAAGCGUUUCGUGUCCAGCCCCCGCUACGUGGAGACCAUGCUUGUGGCAGACCAGUCUAUGGCUGAGUUCCAUGGCAGCAGCCUGAAGCAUUACCUUCUCACCCUCAUGUCCGUCGCCGCCAAGCUCUACAAGCACCCCAGCAUCCGCAACUCCAUCAGCAUCGUGGUGGUAAAGAUUCUUGUCAUCUACGACGAGCAAAAGGGACCCGACGUGUCCUCCAACGCCGCCCUGACUCUCAGGAACUUCUGCAGCUGGCAGAAGCAACACAACCCGCCCAGCGACCGGCACGCCGAGCAUUACGACACUGCCAUUCUAUUCACCAGACAGGAUCUGUGCGGUGCUCAGACUUGUGAUACCCUCGGCAUGGCUGAUGUUGGAACAAUCUGUGACCCAACUCGGAGCUGCUCGAUUAUUGAGGACGACGGUUUGCAAGCUGCAUUUACGACGGCCCAUGAAUUAGGGCAUGUCUUUAAUAUGCCGCACGAUGAAGCAAAGCAGUGCUCCGGCCUCAACAGGGACAACCAAGACUCCCACAUGAUGGCCUCCAUGCUCUCCAAUCUGGAUAGAUAUGAACCGUGGUCUCCAUGCAGCGCUUACAUGAUCACAUCUUUCUUGGACAAUGGCCAUGGAGAGUGUUUGCUGGACAAGCCCCACAGACCCAUCCAGCUCCCCUCAGAUCUCCCUGGAACGUUAUAUGAUGCCAAUAAACAGUGCCAAUUUACAUUUGGAGACGAGUCCAGACAUUGUCCAGAUGCAGCCAGCACGUGUACGACCCUGUGGUGCACCGGAGUCUCAGGAGGCCUGCUUGUGUGCCAAACCAAACAUUUUCCUUGGGCAGAUGGAACCAGUUGCGGAGAAGGAAAGUGGUGCAUUAAUGGAAAGUGCAUGGAUCAGACCGACAAGAAGCAUUAUGAGACUCCUGUACAUGGCGGCUGGGGUGCUUGGGGCCAGUGGGGAGAAUGCUCAAGAACAUGUGAUGGUGGUGUUCAGUACUCUGUACGCGAGUGCGAUAACCCAGUCCCAAAGAACGGUGGCAAAUACUGUGAAGGCAAGAGGGUGCAGUAUCGAUCAUGCAACAUCCAGGACUGUCCUGAAAAUAACGGAAAGACCUACAGAGAAGAGCAGUGUGAAGCACACAAUGACCUGUCUAAGUCACCCUUUGGCAGUGGACCUGCAGUUGAAUGGACCCCCAAAUAUGCCGGAGUGUCACCCAAGGAUCGUUGCAAACUCAUGUGUCGCGCCAAAGGCACCGGAUACUUCUUUGUUCUCAAUCCUAAGGUGGUUGAUGGAACCCCAUGCAGCCCAGAUUCAACCUCAAUGUGUAUCCAAGGGCAGUGCGUAAAGGCAGGCUGUGAUCGGGUCAUUGGUUCCAGCAAGAAGUUCGACAAAUGCGGGGUCUGUGGUGGAAAUGGAUCAACUUGCAAGAAAGUUUCGGGCAACUUCAUUAUCUCACGGCCUGGUUAUCAAGAUGUUGUUACAAUUCCCGCCGGUGCCACUAACAUUGAAGUAAAGCAGCGGAAUAACCGGGGAUCAAGGCACGAUGGUAGUUUCCUGGCUAUUAAAGCAGCUGAUGGCAAUUAUAUCCUCAAUGGUGAUUAUACCUUGUCAACUCUGGAACAGGACAUUAUUCACAAUGGCAACAUCCUUAGAUAUAGUGGAUCUUCAGCUUCAUUAGAAAGAAUCCGUAGCUUUAGCCCACUCAAGGAACCCAUAACCAUACAGGUCCUCACUGUGGGGGACUCUCAUCGGCUGAAAAUCAAAUAUGUGUACUUUGUCAAGAAAACAGGACAGCCGGAAAAGCCUAAUAAAAAGAAAGAGUCCUUUAAUGCCAUUAGGGAGACCAUACUGUCGGAAUGGGUCAUCGAAGAAUGGGGAGAGUGUUCAAAAACGUGCGGAUUAGGCUGGCAGAGAAGAACUGUAGAAUGCAAAGAUAUCAAUGGACAGCCAUCCACGGACUGUGCUAAUGAACUCAAACCAGAUGAUAUCCGACCCUGUGCCGACACGCCUUGCCCCCAGUGGCAACUGGGAGACUGGUCUUCCUGUUCUAAAACAUGCGGGAAAGGUUUCAAAAAGAGACUUUUAAAGUGUGUUUCUUACGACGGCGUUAGCAUGCCUCAGGAGAACUGCGACCCUCUAAAAAAGCCUAAACAUUUGAUAGACUUUUGUACCCUUGCAAACUGCAGUUAGACAGCGUCCCAUCCAACUGAGAAAACUGAUUGGUUCUUUUAGAAAACGCCAGGCGCUGUAGGCAUGGCGCAAGUUGCAUGUGUUGUCUGAGGCCGCGGAGUUGUGCGAAGUAAGCAACGCCAACGUCUGCUGGUGGCUGAAGCACAGAUAUGGUUCUAGAACAAAGGCAAAUUAACAUCCCUGCCUCCUUCAUGGACCAUUAGAAGCUCCUUAUAUAGAUGACUGUUACUCGUUAAGGAAGCUAAAAAGACACACAAAGGUCAGGCUAGGUAUUAACAACACACCUCUGGCAUUUCCUACCAUUGAAACAUGCAGUAUUGUUGAACUUUUAUAAUAUGAGGAACAGGCAAAUGUUAUGUUCAACUUGUUUUUGGUCAGAGUCAACCUACCUCAGUUAGGAAGGUCAAAAACAGAAGUGAAAAAAAAGGAGCUUCAGCAUAGAUAUUUAUGGCUGCUAUUGUAUUACAAUAUAUUUUUAUAGAGAAAUAAAGCCAUAUUCUCAUUUACAAUUUAGGCAAGUCAGGUGGGCCAGGUGUUCUUUAUAAGAUGACACGUCUUGGAGAAGGUUGGAAACGGUCCUAUUAUGUUUUUAGCCGGGUUUAUAGCAAACGUAUGUCAUUGUUAGGUCAACCCAUAUCAUUAUGAUCUUCCUAACUGUGCUUAGGUGGAAUUAUAUUUUAAUAAUAACCCUAUGACUUCAUUUGAAGUAACUAAAGCUUUGCCUGAUGGCAACUGAUGUCCCUUGGAGGUCCUUUAUGAUCAGGUCUAAGCUGUGAAGAUGUUGUCUAGGCAACUCUUCACUUUCCUGUAGAAAUUACUUGGACUCUUCUAGAGGUAAUAAAAAAAAAUCCCAGCAUGCCCUUGCAUGAAGUCCUUCAACUUACAGUGGGUUGGGCAAAGUGCAAAAGGUUUAGGAGGAACCUCCCUUUCUUCAGGUUCAACCAACUGUCAUCUUUUAUGUCCCCCGCCCAUCCAGACAAUGAUAGAUUGAGUGUUGAUCUUCACAAUUUCCAUUGUUUGUGAUGCUCAUUUUGGGGGAAACCUUGGACACAGCAAACCUUCAGCAGCAAUUGGGCCAGUAUUGAAUAAGACACGUGUGAGUGUAAUGAUAUAAAAUGUUCUAUAUUCAGAAUAAUGCACGUAUGAUAUGAAAUGCAAUAUGGAUAUCACAAUAGGUAGACAGUCCUGGGGAUAGCGGGUCCAUCCACCACUGUUACCCAACAUUAAUGUGCCACAUGUCUAUGCCAGGUUGUAGACUGUUCGAGAAUAUGACUUUGCUCUGUAUAUAGGAAAUAUACUUUGUAAGUAUUCUUCUGUAUACCUUCUGUGAAGGCAUUCUUGAUAACCUAUAGUAAACCUAUUUAUUUUUGUACAUUUGAUUGUAUUUUAAGUUAUCGCUAUUUUUUUUUUUUGUUUGUUUGUUUGUUUUUUUUUCAAAAGGACAUAUAACAAAAAGUAAAGAGUAUUUAAGCAUUAUGUUACCAGAAAUAAUAAAAAGAACACAAUGAAAUUUCAAAAGAAAA